UGCAUCUAAUCGAUUGGACAUUUUAGCUGGAGUGAAGAUACCACGUGUUUUGAACAAGUGACUUCAAACUUAUUGACAACUUAUGAAUAAAUUAUUGAGGAGUUGUAGAAGGCUUUUAAGCUAUGCAAGUGUUGCAGCUCAUAGUAGAAGUAACUUCGGACUUUGUGCUCCCCCUUCAAAUGAGAAACUAUCGUUAUCGUUUCGUAGAACCUUUGCUUCAGUUGAAAGUUCUGACAACUUAAAUAAUGUACUACCCGGCCCUUGUUUGGUUUUCUCAGAAGACGAAAAUAUGCUAAGGGAUACGGUACGGAAGUUUGCGCAAUCUUCCAUAGCUCCGAAAGUGAAGGACAUGGAUGAAAAAGCAGAAACUGACAAGGAAUUGGUAAAUCAACUUUUCGCUAAUGGUCUUAUGGGUUUGGAAGUUCCUGUAGAAUAUGGGGGUAGUGGCCUGACGUUUACUGAAGCUUGCAUUGUUAUCGAGGAAAUAGCUAAAGUGGACCCUGCCGUUUCAGUUCUUGUGGAUGUGCAUAAUACUGUGGUGAAUACAGCAAUAAGGAAAUGGGCCAAUCCUGAUCAGAAAAAGAAAUGGCUUACAGCUUUAGCGACGGAUACCGUUGGAUCCUUCUGUCUUAGUGAGGCUGGCAGUGGAUCAGAUGCAUUCGCUUUGAAAACAAGAGCUUCAGACAAGGGUGACCAUUUUGUCAUCGACGGAGGGAAGUUAUGGAUAAGUAAUGCAAUGGAGGCUGGUUUGUUUAUUGUGUUUGCAAAUGCCAAUCCGGAAAAAGGACACAAAGGAAUCACGGCAUUUAUAAUAGACAGUAAGAAUCCAGGUCUCACCAUUGCAAAGAAGGAGGACAAACUGGGUAUUCGAGCCUCAUCUACAUGUGAACUAGUAUUCCAGAAUGCAAAAGUUCCAAAGGAAGACAUUCUAGGAGAAGUUGGCACAGGCUAUAAGAUUGCAAUAGAGUCAUUGAAUGAAGGCAGAAUUGGUAUUGGGGCACAGAUGAUUGGAAUUGCCCAGGGUUGUUUUGAUCUCAUAUUUCCAUAUUUGCAUGAAAGAAAGCAGUUUGGAUCACGAAUCGGUGAUUUUCAAGGGGUCCAGUUUCAAUAUGCCAAAGCUCGAGUGGAGUUAGAAGCAGCUCGAGCUCUCGUUUACAACGCUGCCCGAAUGAAUGACGCAGGUCUUCCUAUUCGAAAGGAAGCAGCCUUUGCCAAGUACUACAGUGCUCAAGUUGCCGAAAGAAUCGCUUCAAAGAGUAUUGACUGGGCUGGAGGAAUGGGAUUCGUGAAGGAGUUUGGUCUUGAGAAAUAUUAUAGAGAUGUUAAGAUAGGACAUAUUUAUGAGGGAACAGACAAUAUUCAGUUGCAAACGAUAGCCAAAGAAAUGCAAAAAGAAUAUGGCUUUGAUAAGAAAUAAUAUUCGUAUGCCGCAAUUAAAGUUGCGUAUGAACAGGAAACUAAAAUUUCUUUCUCUUAGCUACAAUGUUGAACUAUCAAAUGCUUUUACACAUUUUAGAAAAUGGACUCUUGAGAGAAACUCCUUCCAACGCUGUUUCAGCGAAAACUACCAGCUAUGCGACAUAGCAGGCAGAUGAAUCAAGAAUUGUAAAGAAAGAAGCUUCCGACCUGACUUGGUAGCGUUUCUCACCAUUAAAGUCAAAAAUGUUUAACUUUCGUGGUUUAUUCUACAGUUGAAGCAAUUAGUUUAUUUCGGUUUUCUUCAAGCUUGCCGUUUACUUUCCUUCUCUUCUUUUUCAAUGUGUCCACUUUGUCACCGUGCUGAAAGUGUCUUUCUCUCUUCGUUUCGACGAAAGACCCAACCGUACCAGCUUUCUUUUUUUGAGGGACACUAUUUCUCAACUCUUUCAGUAUGCUUUCAAGUCUGGGAUUAAAUUUCAAGAAGGAACUUCUUCCUUGAAAACCGGGAAAACUAAGUUCGGAGCCCAACACGCUUAUGUUUGUCUCGUCGACGACCAUAGCUUCUGCUCCGUCGUCAUAAGAAGAAAUCGACG